CCCCGCCCACUUCCUCCCCGCUCUUUCUGUCGCCUCAGCGCCGCCUCCGUCCCUGGCUUUCAGUUCCUCGCCGGGCCCCGCCUUGGAAGCCGCUCCGGCCCUCGAGAGCCUGACAAGAGAGGCUUUGAGUCGCCACCAGCAGCCCUUCUUCUCUUUUCGGAAUGAAUAAAUGUGGCAGUGAUGCUGAAGUUGGAAAAAAGCUGAUGUAACCAAAACCAGGAUGAGUCAGCUGCCAGAACAUCAAGGAAAUGCCCUGGGCAGCAGUUUGGGGUCCCAUCCUUCUUUACGAGAUGUUCAUUCCAUAAACCCCACACAGCUAAUGGCAAGAAUUGAAUCUUAUGACACCAGGGAGAAAAAAAGCAUAUCUGAUGUCCGAAGGACUUUCUGCCUUUUUGUUACCUUUGACCUCUUAUUUGUAACUUUACUGUGGAUAAUAGAGUUAAAUGUAAAUGGAGGCAUUGAGAACACAUUAAAAAACGAAGUCCUUCAUUACGACUAUCACUCUUCAUAUUUUGAUAUAUUUCUCCUGGCUGUCUUUCGGUUUAAGAUUUUGAUACUUGCCUAUGCGUUGUGCAGAUUGCGACAUUGGUGGGCAAUCGCAUUUACAACUGCAGUAACCAGUGCCUUCUUGUUAACAAAAGUAAUCAUUUCAAAGCUGUUGUCUCAAGGUCCUUUUGGCUAUGUGUUGCCCAUCAUAUCUUUCAUUCUUGCCUGGAUAGAAACCUGGUUCCUAGAUUUCAAAGUUUUGCCACAGGAAGCAGAAGAAGAAAACAGACUGCUACUGGUACAAGAUGCCUCUGAGCGAGCUGCUCUUCUUCAGCCUGGACUCCUUUCUGAUGGACAGUUUUAUUCCCCUCCUGAAUCCGAAGCAGGAUCUGAUGAAGAAUCUGAAGAAAAACAGGAUAGCGAGAAAGCAGUUUUAUAGCAGUGCUGCAAUAACAGAGAGAAAACCUGAAAGUAGAGCUGCUCAGGACAUGCUGUUUCUGGGACCUUGAUAGCGAUGCUGUUGGUUCACAUUAUUGGAACUCAUAGUGGGAACUUUAUAUAUUUAUUUAUUUAUUGAUGAAGGGGGAUGUCCCUGUGCUCUGUAAUACCUCGCCAAAUCUCUAUCACAUCUGCAUAUAUAUGUGUAUAUAUUGGACUGAAUCAUGCCUAAUAUGAAAUAUGCUCAUCUGUAAUGUAUUCAGUGAUGCUUGAAACUGACUUUUAAUGAUGAGGAGCCCACUGGUGAGUGGUAUGCUUGUGAAGCGAACCUAUAAAUGGAAUACUACAUGAAGUAAUACUGUAUCAUAAACCUCUGUUUCAUGAUUUGAAUUCACUAUAUAUUGUGUUUGAUGUCAUUAAUUUUACAUAUUAUUUUUAAUAAUGUAUCUUUUUUAAAGAUGAAUUUAAGCACUCUUUGCAAAUUAAAGGAACACAUUAAUAAAA